AGAGAAAGAGAGAAAGAGAGAAAGAGAGAGAGAACAAACACUUUUCUUCAGCGAAUCAAGAACAAAAAAGAUUAGAAAAAAAAAUGGCAGAUGGAUUUGCAGAGACAUCCCUUGGAGCAUUUCCAGAGGCUGAUGCGGUAGCAGAAUUAAAUCCAGGCCUGAACAAGAAUUUGCAAGCCGAUGCCACUCCUGCAGAAAUAGCAGCUACAUCCAAGGACAUCAAGGAACAAGCAGAUAUAGCAAGGAACAAAAAGAAUGAAAAAGACGGAGUCCAGAAGCUGAAAUCAGCGGUUAUAAUAUCCGGUGUGGUGGUGGCGGUGAUCGGAGCCAUCUUUGCCAUAACCAAGAAAUUGAGAGAGAAAUAAGUUGCAAUCUAUUAUCCUUUCGAUUACCUGCGAAACGAUUCUACUCCAGACGUUUUUUUUCUUGUCCUUUCUUUUAAGAGAUCCGAGAUCAGAAUUUAUUUGUUUCGGAUAAUAUUAAAUAUGUUAUCUUUCUUUCUUUUUUAUUUUUCCUCUUUUUUUAAGCCUUGUAAUUUUGUGAAACAGUUUGAUGAGUUGUGUUUUUGAGUUCUAUAAAAAACGCCGAGCGUUUUAUUAGUGAUUAUAAAAUCAUUCAUAGCUCACCAUCACUAUU